AUGGCCCUGGUCAACUACUCACUGCCAUUUGGAGCUGUAAAUACUCCAACAACAUCAUGGGCCACUUUAAGUCCUAUUCAUGCUUCACCGCAUGCCGUAAAUGAUUUGUAUGAACCUGCUGGAAAUCAUCAGGAGAAUGUGUUGCAUAAUGAACACUACUACAAGAAUGGACCAUAUCGUCAUCAUCAACAGCAGCAACAGCAACAACAACAACAACAGAAUAGUCGAGGCUAUUUACCACCACAUCAAGCACAGAGUAAUAGUCGCAAUGGAUAUUCACAAACAACUCGAACGCGAACUUAUGGGGAGAGUAGUUACUCACAACAGCAGUCACAAACGAGCUUCAGUAAUCUUCAAAAAACUACCAGUGGAUUCUAUAAUGGUCAAAGCUUUAAAGAUAAUCCUUACCAGCAACAACAACAACAGCAACAACAGAAACAGCCGCAACCACAAACCACCAAAGCCCCUUUUCAAUCAAAUAGUAAAAAUUACAAUUUAAAUCAAGCGGCGGGUUAUCCUGAACGACCGCCGGGUUAUAAACCAAUUCAAGCUGGUCAAGGAUCGCGAACACAAAACGUCGCCGUUUUGGAUUACGACGAUGAUGAAGGAGAAGGGGAUGAAUAUUACGAUGAUCACACAGCUGCAGGAAAAGGAGAUUCGCAGAACCGAUUGAUGCCCGUCACGCCAAUACAAGGACCAAUAUUUCUUAAAAACAAUUCAGUUCCUGUUGUGCCGCUGUACUCAUAUCCAAAAGUUUAUAAUGGCACUUUCAUGCAGAUUCCUAUCUGGUGGACGGCAUUAUCAGUAGCACUCGGUCUAAACGUGCGCGGUGAUGUCAUCAAAGGUGUACCAUGCGUAAAGCGAUAUCAUCAAUUAUUUUGUCCAACGGCAGGCAAUAGUUAUCCAAUUGACAGAAUUGAGAAUUUCAUCGAUGAGAAUAAAGCGCUGAUGAAGCGAAUGUAUGGAUAUUUUGAGGCGGAAAACGAAUAUGGAUCAACGUUUCAACAGGGAAAGAAACGGAAACGAAUGUUGUACGGUGCUGAUGCAAAUCCGCCCAACCUACCUGACUUGGAUGAGAUUUACUUUCCACCUGGCGAGGGACCGAAUCCGGUGCGUGAUGCUGGCCCUACGGGUGACUCAUAUUUUAGUAAAUUGCGUAAUAAGCGACAGACUAGAACCAGUAGUAGUAGUAGUAGUAAUAGCAGCAAUCGUUCGAAUGCCGGAAGCGGUAAAAGCGACACUGGACGUGUUGAUGCGUGUGAAUCAAAAGUUGAAAUCGUCACACCAUAUUGGGCAUCAAGCUCGGCUGGAAAAAUUCGUGCCAUUGUCAAUACGCAACAUUUUGAGCAAGCAAUUCAUCAAGAAGUUUGCUCAAAAGUGCAAACGAACCGUUGUGCUGGCGAGUGCGGCUGUGAACAAAAAUACAAAUGGCAUCGUUUACUAGCUUACGAUCCUGAUAACGAUUGUAAAGGAAUCUUUAUGGAUUGGUUCCUUUUCCCAUCAUGCUGUGUAUGCCGCUGCAAUCCACUUUAAUCCCUCCAUGUCAUCACUGAAUUGUGUGCGAUUUAAAAUCUUAAAUGAAUAAGAAAGGAAACUCAAAUAAUUUAAAUUAUUAUCAUACUUCAGAUGAACAUAAAACAAAAAAGAAUAAAAAAGGAAAAUCCAAGAGAAAAUUGCCACCAUAAGCAUAAAUCGCAAAACAAUGCGAAUUUUUUAAGACUCAAAAGAAGCAUAGAUAAUUUUAGAAAGCAUACUUAUAAGAUUCAUUUUAUUCUUUCUUUUAUUCUUUCCUCCCCCACACGACUUGAAGAUAUUUUUAAUAUCCUUUUCCCUUAAAACUGAUUAAGUAAGUUAGGAGCUCGCUUCAAUGAAAAUCCAUUUUGUUAAUUAGGAUACAAAACACUUAAUUCUAAAAAGAUUUAAAUGAUAAUGUUUGCGAGAAGGAAAACCAUUUCUCUCGACAAUUUUCUCAUUGUUUAACACAUUUAUCAACGUCUAGACUCGUUUUAGAAUUUUCAACAUUUUUCUCCAUUUUCUUUCUUUCUUUCCCGAUGUCUUAAAUUGAGAUUUAGUACUUAAGCUGAUGCUUUUUGCAAGUAAAUAAAUUUUAUGUUUUAAUGAAAG